AUGCGGGGACUUCUCGUGUUGAUCGUAACAGCAUGGAUAUCCAGGGUGACAUCGCAGACGCUUGACCCGGGUUGUAGCUUUUUCAACGGACAGUGUGUGUACAAUGUUAAGCUCGGACAUUCGAGUCAAUGCGACUCAGUGUCAUCGAGGGCGACCACGGAUACAAGUGCGACAGGCAGUGGUAGUGGCUCCACGACUGGAUUUCAGAGCUGCUCCUGCAAGGACAUAGACGCUCUUAACAAUGACGUUGCCACCUUGAACACAAACAUGAACACCCUACAGUCAAACUUCAACAAGCUAGCACAGACACUGAACACCACCCAACAACAGCUAUCAGGCAUGGAGACUCAGUACUCUGUUCUGAUGAUGGAGAAACAAAACCUCACGGCUGAUCUUACUCACCAUCAGCUGCUGUUGACCAAGAGCCAGGUCGAGUUGGCGAACAUGGUUUCCUCAAUGACGAUAGAGACGGACAGACUUAGGACUGAAUUGCUGUCCACUAGCGAUAAACUGACCAUUUGUCAGACGCAACUUAAUCUCCUAGAUUCACAGACGACCAACACACCAGUUUUGUAUGGGGAUUAUGUGAGUCACUACUGUGGGUUUGAGGACUUACACAACUGCAACUACACGUUGGACACGUGCACAAGCAGUGAGGUAGAAUGUUGGCACAGAGGCACGGGAAAGCAGGAUGUGUACUCCGGACCUGUCGAAGACCAUACAUACGGCUCCCCAAAUGGACACUACAUGUACAUCGACCCCACCCUGAAACCCUUCCAUGCGUCAUCUUCACCCUCACCCGACGUGACCCCGAGAAAAGCGCGAAUGACGUCACCGGAACUUCCUGCAGCUAACGAGUAUUGUGUUCGAUUCUGGUACACAAUGAAUGGUGCAAAUAUCGGAACGCUUAAUGUUUAUGCGCAGGUCGGUGGCGGCGACGGAUACCCAGUAUACACGAUGACCGGAAAUGAAGACGAAUAUUGGCAUAUGGCCCAAAUUUCCCUGGACUCCGAGUAUACUGCACAGCCUAUUAGGAUCGUGUUUGAGGGGACCACAAGUUCCUACUACACACUCACACCGUUAUAUCCCUAUCCUUCACGCCAAGACAACUAUGAUACACUUGGUUUCAUCUCCUUCGACGAUGUGUACAUCUACAACACCUCAUGCUCAGCAAUCCCCGACUGUCCAGCGGGAUCCAGAAAGUUAGUCCAAGGAAACGUAACCUCUUGCUAUUCCUUCCACAUCACGCCUCGCUCCUGGUACGAGGCAGUUGACGAAUGUAAGUCAGAAGCAUCCAACGGUCACCUCGUCGGCAUCAACUCGGAACUUGAGCAGCAGUUCCUCGUAGAUGCCAUGCAGACAAAUGCCGCUUACACAACCGCUGGCCAACACGGAUGGUACACCAGUGGAAAUGACGAACGGACGGAGGCCAGCUUCAUGUGGACAGAUACCGGCUACCCCUACAGUCUCAACUACACAGACUGGCAUGCCGGGCAGCCGAACAAUGUUGGUAACGCCCAGGACUGCCUGCUUCUACAGUAUCAGAGUAGCGAUUACGAAUGGGGAGAUGUCGACUGUGCAGACAAGCAUCCUUUUAUUUGUGAAAUGCAUGUCUGAGAGUGGUAUUAUAAAACUUGCAAAACAG